UUUAGCGGUCCUGCCCACGGUCACUCUGGUUUUGAAACAACAUUGCAAGGAACACGAAAUAUCCCGAAAUAUACGCAAAAUGAAGCUCAGCGUAGACGGCCUGCUCGUCUACUUCCCGUACGAGUACAUCUACCCUGAGCAGUAUGCGUACAUGCUGGAACUGAAGCGAAGCCUGGACGCCAAAGGCCACUGUCUGCUGGAGAUGCCUUCGGGCACCGGCAAGACGGCUACGCUGCUCUCCCUAAUCGUGGCCUACAUGUUGGAGCACCCGGAGUCUGUUCGCAAACUGAUCUACUGUUCGCGCACAGUGCCGGAGAUCGAGAAAGUAAUUGCAGAGCUGCAGAACCUGAUGGUCUACUACGAGCGCAACUGUCCGAUGCCGCCACCCCUGACUGGCUUGGUACUCAGCUCCCGCAAGAACAUGUGCAUCCACCCCGAGGUGAGCAAGGAGCGCGAGGGAAAGGCGGUGGACGGCAAGUGCUAUGGCCUAACAGCCAGCUACAUUCGCGACCGGCACGAGAUGGACACCGAGACGCCUAUCUGCCAGUACUUUGAGGGAUUCAGCUUGGAGGGCAAGGAGUCCACACUGCCGGUGGGCGUGUAUAGCAUCGAUGAUCUGAAGGAGUACGGGCGAUCGAGGAACUGGUGCCCCUACUUUCUGGCCCGCUAUGCAAUUGCCCAUGCUCACAUUGUGGUAUACAGCUACCACUACCUGCUGGAUCCGAAGAUAGCCCAGGUGGUAUCCAAGGAGAUGAGCCGCGAGUCUUGCGUGGUUUUCGAUGAGGCGCACAACAUCGACAACGUGUGCAUAGACUCGAUGAGUGUCAAGAUCAACAGACGAACCGUGGAGCGCAGUACAAAUGCCUUAAAUCAGCUAACCAAACUGGUGCAAGACAUUCGGGAGGAGGACACGAAUCGCCUGAAUGAGGAGUACCAGCGCAUGGUUCAGGGCUUGAAGGAUGCCAGUGUGCAGCGGGACACAGACAUGAUACUGGCCAAUCCGGUGUUGCCAAACGAUGUGCUGACCGAGGUGGUGCCGGGAAACAUUCGCAACGCUGACCACUUCCUCAGCUUUCUGCGACGCUUUAUAGAAUACAUUAAGACCAGACUGCGCGUUCACCAUGUGGUUCAGGAGUCGCCUGCCGGAUUCCUCAAGGACAUUUCCUCCAAGAUUUGCAUCGAACGUAAGCCCCUGCGGUUCUGUGCAGAGCGUCUGUCCAGUUUGCUGCGCACCCUGGAGAUCACUGAUUUGACAGAGUUCGGUGCUCUCACUCUGAUCACCCACUUUGCCACUUUGGUGUCCACCUAUACGAAGGGUUUUACCAUUAUCAUCGAGCCCUUCGACGACAAAACGCCAACAGUAUCGAACCCGAUUUUGCACUUUAGCUGCCUGGACUCUUCCAUAGCCAUGGCUCCGGUGUUUUCGCGUUUUCAGACGGUUGUCAUCACCUCGGGCACACUAUCGCCCAUGGACAUGUACCCGAAGAUUCUCGACUUUGAUCCUGUGGUCAUGAGCAGUUUUACCAUGACGCUGGCCCGUCCGUGUCUACUGCCCAUGAUCGUGUCCAAGGGCAACGACCAGGUGACCAUUUCCUCCAAGUUCGAGACGAGGGAGGACACCGCUGUCAUCCGAAACUAUGGCCAGCUGCUGGUGGAGGUGGCCAAGACAGUGCCUGACGGAAUCGUUUGCUUCUUCACAUCCUACCUGUACUUGGAAUCUGUGGUGGCCUCCUGGUAUGAUCAGGGCAUUGUCGACACCUUGCUGCGCUACAAGCUGCUGUUCAUUGAAACCCAGGACAAUGCCGAGACCAGCUACGCCUUGAUGAACUAUGUUAAGGCCUGCGAUUGUGGUCGCGGCGCAGUGCUGCUGGCUGUGGCGCGUGGCAAGGUCUCGGAGGGUGUGGAUUUCGACCAUCAUUAUGGUCGCGCGGUGCUCAUGUUCGGCAUCCCCUACGUGUACACGCAGUCGCGCAUUCUCAAGGCACGACUCGACUACCUUCGCGAUCAGUUUCAGAUACGUGAGAAUGACUUUCUGACCUUCGACGCCAUGCGGCAUGCGGCCCAAUGUGUGGGCCGGGCGCUGCGCGGUAAGACGGACUACGGCAUCAUGAUCUUUGCGGACAAGAGGUUCUCGCGGCAGGACAAGCGUUCGCGUCUACCGAAGUGGAUUCAGGAGCAUCUGGUGGACAGCUUCUGCAAUUUGAGCACAGAGGAGGCCGUGCAGCUGGCCCGACGAUGGCUGCGACGCAUGGCGCAGCCCUUCACACGCGAGGACCAGCUGGGCAUCUCCCUGCUGACACUCGCCCAGCUGGAGAACAUUGAGCAGGAGAAGCUGGAGCGGCAGGCGCAGGGCAAGCAGGGCGUGGGUGGUGAGGUGCAGGAGUUGUAAAACGUGGGAAGUGCUGGCUCGCUCGCUCAGCCAACCGGCUCUUUGUCCGACCACCGCCUUCCGGGAAUAACUCAAGUCGUUGAGCCGUCAGCUAAUGACAUUGAAUGCCAUUAAAAGCGAAGCGCGCAGCGUCGAAGCUGGAAAAUUUAAAA